CGGAUUUGUUAAAAAAUAUUCCUGGAGAAUUACAAGCCAAAUGGGAAUACAAAAACAUCAUGUACAAACUGGCAAGAUACGGAUUGAACUCUCUAGCCCGUCGUCGCAGUACCAUCAUCCAGAUGGAAGGAUCCGGACAGCAGCACAGCAUGUUGAAAUUCAUAAAAGUACUCGGAACUCUUCGGGAAUGGGAGAUCUGUAGUCCCGACAUCAGCGCUGCGGUGGAGUUCGCUCGGGAAAAGAUCAUUGAUAUGAGCAUAGAAGAUUUUGAGGCGUGGUUCCAGACUCAGUUCCCGAAAGUCGUACGACCUCAAACGGCACCACCAAGGAGUGAGAAAAAGGAUGAAAAAGAAAACACCAGUCGGGAUAACCGUAGUAUAAGUAGGUCGUCCUUUACUGUGAGAAAUGCACAAUCUGCCUCUGUAAAAGGCAGAAACGGUGCAUCUUCAGACGCUAAAACCAGGAAUGCCAAAUCCGCAGUGUACCGACGUUGACAGUAUUCAUUUUUAUCUCAAUAAAGCAUUGUCAUCUUGUUCACUGCCAAAAGUGGUGUGAUUCAAGUUAUUAAUUUAGUUAUCGCUUUAAACUAUUGCCUUAAAAAGAGUCUGUUAAAAUCUAGAGCGAUUACUUUAUGUUGACCGGCUAUGUUUAUAGUGUAGUAGAUACAAUAUGCAAGUACCGUUUUUGGAAUAGAAAAUUUUGUAUGCAUAUGUCUGGUCUAUCUUUGAUAUUCUAACGUAACUCAAUUA